AUGGACUCACAUAAUGCCUCAUCUGCCUCGCUAAAUUCGGAGGACUAUGUUCCUCACGAGUACAUCAAGCCUGAUGAUGAGCAAUCCAUAAUGUCUGGUAAUCUUUCCAGGUUAUCUACAAGUGCAUCAGAGAAGAAUGCCAACCAUCUUACAAAGACAAGAACAGAGACCGCAAAGUCUCUUGGAGAUUUAGGUGUGGGCAGCAACGCCCCCAUGCCCGACAUUACUGCCCCUCCAGUGAAGAAUCCAGUGUUCCCAGAAGAAUAUACUCUUGAGACCGAAACCGGUUUGGUUCCAGUCCAGACUUUGGCCUCCUUGGGUAGAGUUAAGACGGUUGUAUCGUCACUUUUGGGGUCAGAAGCCGAAGAGAAAAUGGGCAAACUAGAUCCUGAAAUCGAAUUUGUCACUUUCCAAAUCAAUGAUCCAGAAAACCCUCACAACUGGCCCAUGUAUAUUAAAUGGCUAUAUACAAUUAUCUUGUCAUGUGCUGUUAUCAGUGCCGCCUAUGGAUCAUCUUCCUUGGCUGGUGGUUUGCCCGUUAUCAACGACAAGUACCAUGUUUCAACGGAAGUGUCAACAUUGACAGUUUCCUUGAUGGUGAUUGGUUUCCUUGUUGGACCUUUGCUUUGGGCUCCCUUGUCUGAACAAAUCGGUAGACGUCCCGUCUAUUUCCUUUCAUUCUCCCUUUAUACCAUUUUCAAUAUCCCUGUGGCCUUGUCGCCAAACAUCGGAGGUGUGUUGGUAUGCCGUUUCCUCCUAGGUGUUUUCUCCUCGUCUGCUUUGACUAUCGUCGGUGCCAGUCUUGUAGAUAUGCACACGGACACGAGAGGUUUGGCCAUUGCCUACUUUUCCUUCUGUCCCUACUCUGGUCCAGUUCUUGGAGGUAUUGUUAAUGGAUUUGUCAGUGUCAAUACCAAGAGAUACGAUCUUAUGGUUUGGUUGAACAUGGCUUUCGCUGGAGUCAUGUGCAUCCUCUUGACAAUGAUUCCUGAAACUUACGCUCCUGUGAUUUUGAAGAAGAGAGCAGUCAGAUUGAGAAAAGAGACUGGAAAUGAGAAGAUCAUGACUGAGCAGGAGGCUACACCUAUGACAUUCGCUGAAUUGCUUAACGAGAAUUUGUACAGACCAGUCAAGUUCAUUUUCCAGGAACCAGCAUUGGACCUUGUUUGCGGGUUCGUGGCUCUUAUCUACGCCUUGUUGUACGCUUUCUUCUUUGCAUACCCAUACAUUUUCAACACGUUGUACGGAUUCGGAGACGACAAGAUCGGUAUGAUGUACAUUCCUAUUCUUAUUGGUGCUUUCUUUGCUGUGCUUACUACUCCCGUUUUGGAGAGAAAAUACUUGGCCCUUUGCAAAAGAAGAGCGCCCACUCCUGAGGACAGAUUGAUUGGAGCUAUGCUUGGCUCUCCAUUCCCAUGCAUUGCUCUUUUCAUUUUGGGUGCAACCUCUUACAAACACAUCAUCUGGGUCGGUCCUGCGCUGGCUGGCCUAGCCUUUGGUUAUGGAAUGGUUUUGAUUUACUAUUCCUUGAACAACUAUAUCAUUGAUACUUAUGCCAAAUAUGCCGCCUCUGCCUUGGCCACAAAGGUUUUCUUAAGAAGUGCUGGAGGUGCUGCCUUCCCCUUGUUUGUUACCCAGAUGUAUGAGGGUUUGGGACUUCAAUGGGCCAGUUGGCUUUUGGCAUUUGUGUCCUUGGCUAUGAUUCUCAUUCCUUUCUGCUUUUACAAAUUUGGUGCUGGUUUGCGUGCUAAACUUUGUAGUGGCGACUACACGGUUCACCAAGAUUAG